AUGCGCGUGCGUGAGGCCGGGUCAGCGGAGAAGUACGCGCACGCGCAGACGAAGACCGCUCGCCGUCCGCCGCCCCUCCCCCACCUACUGAAGGGGUCCGCGAGCGCCCCAAACAGCAGCCUGCCUCCUCGCCGCGCCACCCACGCGGCCAAAGGGCUCCCUCCACGGGAAUGCGCUCACGCCACCAACGUUGUCGCCACGCUGCGUCACAACAUCGUCCGAACGCCCAAAAUCGCCUCAGCCCACAGCGCGCAAUCACCGGGGAACCGCCACAAGCAAGGCUCCCCGGGCACCGCCCCUUUGGCGCUUCCGAUUCUGUCAUUGGGCCACCUGCCACGGGCCGGGCGGGACCAGACGCCAGCUUCCGGAAGCCGGUUGGCGCGCGUGCCUGUCCAUCCGACGGUCGCCUUGGCUACUGCGUCCGUCCCCCUAAUUCGCCGCGGGCGGGAUGUAAGGACCCCUAAAAGGAUGACCGGGUGGCUAAACGAGUGCCUGAGUGGAGAAGCGACCGAAGUGAAGCCCUUUGCGCGCAAGGGAACACUCAGAUUCCUGGGUUGA